AUGGAAAAGUUCCCCGACUUCAUCGACACGCCCGUGGGCAACUCGCGAUCGCCGAGCCCUCGAAACCCUCCCGGCUGGUCCAACGGCGCGCCGCCUCGCCCCUCGGAUCGAUGGCUCCCCGUCUCGACGGGCUCCCACAGGCACAACCGCCAGAAGAGCCUCACUGAUGCUAUCCGCACAAUACGCGCCCGCAAUGGCAGCGUCAGCCAGAACGCCCAGGAGAUCGCCGAUGCCCUGCGCGCCCCCGUCUCCCCAAAGCUCGUCAUCCUGUGCCUGCUGUGGUACACCUCGUCUGCCCUCACAAACACCUCGUCAAAGUCGAUCCUCAUCGCCUUUAACAAGCCUGCGACACUGACCCUCGUCCAAUUCGCCUUUGUCUCGUCGCUAUGUGUCUUUAUGGCAUGGCUUGCCGCCCUCUUCCCCGUUUUGCGAACCAAGAUCACGGCUCUUAAACACCCGAUUCGAAAACCGACGCGCGAGGUUAUUACGACUACUCUCCCCCUGUCCGCCUUCAUGAUCGGUGGUCACCUUCUCAGUUCCACGGCCACCUCCAAGAUUCCCGUAUCGCUCGUCCACACCAUCAAGGGUCUCUCGCCCCUCUUUACUGUCCUCGCUUAUAGAAUCGUGUACGACAUCCGCUACCCCAAGGCGACCUAUCUGUCUCUCAUCCCUCUGACGGUUGGUGUAAUGUUGGCAUGCUCUGGCAAGGCGAAGUAUGGUGGAGAGCUCAGCGGUGUCAUUCACGCUCUCCUCGCCACGAUGAUCUUCGUCACUCAAAAUAUCUUCUCCAAGUACCUGUUCAACGAGGCUGCCAAGGCUGAGGCUGAGGCUUCAAACAGCCGGUCAAAGAAGCUGGACAAACUCAACCUGCUCUGCUAUUCCUCUGGUCUGGCUUUCAUCAUCACCUUGCCCAUUUGGUUUUGGUCCGAGGGAUUCGCUCUGCUCAAGAACUUUUACCACGAAGGCUCGAUCGACUUGUCCGAGCAACCCAAUUCCAUGGAUCACGGUCGACUGACGCUCGAGUUUGUCUUCAAUGGCGUAUUUCACUUUGGCCAGAACAUCCUCGCCUUCAUCCUCCUCUCGAUAGUCUCUCCCGUCACGUACUCAGUCGCCAGUCUGAUCAAGCGUGUCUUUGUCAUUGUCAUGGCUAUCCUCUGGUUCCGAAGCCCCACGACGCCCAUCCAGGCCGUUGGAAUCGCCCUCACAUUCCUGGGACUGUAUCUGUACGACCGAACGAAGGGGGGCAACAAGGCGGACCACAAGGCCCAAACGAUGACAGAUUCCAACAAGACUUCAAUAUUGCCCAUCUCUAACAAGGGGAUACGCCCGAUUGUGGCCUCCCCUCUGAGCACUGAGAUCAACCCCCACCCUUACCACGAGGGCUACUAUGGCCGCGACGCCUCCUCAGACGACUCCAAGAAGACAGACGACAGCGGCAGCCGUAACCGCGGUCGUGUCAACAGCAACGGAGGCUGGCUUCCUCCAGGCACCAAGCAGGAAGAUACAUGGCGGACUGGAGACAAGGUCGCCGGUGUCUCAUGA